AUGAUGAAAUAUCACGAGAAUCUGAUUCGACUCCUCGACCCAAUUGUUACCGAUAAUGACAGCCUGAUGGAACUGAUCAGAAAUCCCGAUGACUCGCGUUGGAAAGACGGUAGCCUCGAAGCGCUUCUCGAGAACCGCUUGUCUAGUGAGCUGGAUCGCUUCUUUCGCACAAUCAAGAGGAUGCAAGAUGUGAUGAUGGAUUUGAACAAGCUUCUCCAGAUUCAAGACGGAAAGGUGGGUUGCUCAGGUGACGGUGCUCCUGAAGCCUCAUCUGUGGUCCUUGUCUGGGGCACCGGGGAGAAGAACAGCUCUUCAUUGAAGCCUAAGGCGCACGAGGUCGUUAUUCAGACCGUGGAGCCGAAGGUUUCAACUCCCUCGGCCGAUGUGAAGGCCGUACACGGAUCGGCAAACCUGUCUAAGCUGCAAAGCAUUACAGACGACAAAUUACAGUACAGCAAGAUUGCAAUCGAAACCAGGCUCACCAACGACUUCACCUACCAGCCCGAGUCGCAAGAGCGUCACAUUCGCGGAGCUCACUCCUGCCAUAUUGGUUACAACCUCCGUGGAUAA